AUGCUGUCGUUCUUUGAAAUCGUAAUCUCUGGCGUUCUGCCACUUUUAUUAUUAGGUCUAUUCGCACAAAUAACAUAUUUCUAUUAUAAGUAUUUUACUCGUCCAAGUCCACUUCCUGGUCCGUUCCCCUUACCAUUAAUAGGUAAUUUGCAUCAGUUUUCAGGUGACCCCUCUGACUGGGCAAACGAACUUCACGCUAAAUAUGGCGAUAUGUGGGAAGUUUACAUAUGCACUGAGAGACAAGUUUGGAUAGGUCGCGCUGACUUAGCCGAAAAACUCUUUAGUCCAUUAACUAACAGCAAUUAUUUUCUUCGCACAACAUAUAAUGAGGGUCUGAAUGAAUUAGGAUUACUUAACGAAGGACUUGUGUUCAAUCAAAAUUUUAAUGACUGGCAUUAUAACAAAAAAAUUCUAGAUAAGAAUAUUUCGUCACCAAAUUUUAUUAGACAGUCUAUUUUGUGGACGCAAGAAGUUUUUAAAGAUCUAGACCAAUACUGGAAUGCGCUCGGGGAAGAUUGUGUUAUGGAAUUUCCUGAAUGGAUGUCAAGAUUUUUUAUUGACACGACUUUCUUGGUGUUUUCUAAUAAGCGAGGUUAUUCUCUAACUAGUUAUUAUAAUAGAUUGUUUCCCAGCAAGAAAAUUGAAGUUAAAGAUGACUUCCUGAAGGAAAGUGAUGCUUUUGUCACACAUUCUGAAGGAUAUGACAAAAGUAUGGUCUAUUUUUUCUUUAUUCCAACAUUUAUUCGUCAUUUUCCGGGAAUGAAUUUAUAUACUCGGCAUAUGUUAUCUCAUAAAAAGUGGUUGAAGGAUAAUUUAUUUGAACAAAUUCGAGAAAGACAAAAGGAAAUUAGAAAUGCACCCAAAGAUCAAAAAUUAUCACCUGAUCUAUUGACAGCAUAUUUGACGACAAAUGAUGAGCAUGAUAAGCCAUUGGCAGAUGACAUCAUUGUUGGAAGUUAUCUGGAAGCGGUGAGUGGCGGAAUUCAGACGCCGGCGAAUUAUAUGUGCUUUAUAGUUUAUUAUUUGGAUCUCUAUCCCCACUUUAAACAACGAGUUUUUCGUGAAUUAGAUGAGGUUUUCGGCCAAAAUUCAGACGUGCAAAUCACAUAUGACGACUUAACAAAACUUGAAUUCUGUGAAGCUGUUAUCAAAGAAGUCGGUCGCUUUUGUUCGACCGUACCAGUUAAUUUCCGUGUAUCGUCGAAGCCUGAUGAAAUCGGUGGCCUAAAGUUUCCUGCAUAUACGCUAUUCGGUAUCAAUGUGCAAGCCAUACACAUGAAUAAGUUACACUGGAAGAAUCCCGAGAUUUUCGAUCCAAAUAGAUUUCUUUCGAAAGACAGCGAACAAAGCAAAAAGCCUUUGCUUAAUUUUGGUUGGGGAACAAAAAUAUGUCCCGGAAGGAAAUUGGCGAUAUCAGAGAUGAAAAUUUUAAUAGCAUCGAUGUAUAGAAAAUACGAUAUAAAAGUUUUUGACAAAAAUACGCCGUUAAAGAGUUAUUCGUCUUCUAUCAG